CCAGAUGAAGUGGCCGCGCCGGCUAUUCGCAGGACGCAGGUCUUGGUCUGGGUCACUGGGUGGCGAGAUAGGAAAGGCAGACGUCGUGUAACAGCUGAUUGCAAUGGCAACUCUUUCUCGCUUUGCCCCAGUGUUAAGAACCACACUCAAUCGUGGUAUCAGCAGUAUUAUGGUGAAGAGGGACAGCUCAAAUAAGGUGUAUGGACCCUUAGCAGAUGAAGAUCGUAUCUUUACUAAUCUGUAUGGUCGCCAUGAUUGGCGACUAAGUGGAGCCAUGGGUCGAGGUGACUGGUACAAGACCAAAGAGAUUCUGAACAAGGGUCAUGAGUGGAUUCUUGGAGAAAUCAAGACGUCAGGACUACGAGGCCGAGGAGGUGCUGGCUUCCCCACUGGCAUGAAGUGGAGCUUUAUGAACAAACCGUCAGAUGGGCGUCCAAAAUACCUGGUGGUAAAUGCAGAUGAGGGUGAGCCUGGCACCUGCAAAGAUAGAGAAAUCAUGCGACAUGAUCCUCACAAGUUGGUGGAGGGAUGUCUGGUGGCAGGUCGGGCCAUGGGGGCCAGGGCUGCAUACAUCUACAUCCGAGGUGAAUUUUACAAUGAAGCUUCCAACAUGCAAGUUGCCAUCAAUGAGGCAUACAAGGCAGGAUUCCUGGGCAAGAAUGCUUGUGGAUCAGGCUAUGACUUUGAUGUUUUCAUGCAUCGGGGAGCUGGAGCCUAUAUCUGUGGGGAGGAGACUGCACUCAUUGAGUCCUUGGAAGGCAAGCAAGGAAAGCCACGCCUGAAGCCCCCAUUUCCUGCUGAUAUUGGAGUGUUUGGUUGCCCAACAACUGUAGCAAAUGUAGAGACUGUUGCUGUAGCACCGACAAUCUGCCGUCGAGGAGGAAGCUGGUUUGCCAGCCUGGGCCGUACACGUAACAGUGGCACUAAGCUCUUCAACAUCUCUGGCCAUGUCAACAACCCAUGCACAGUGGAAGAGGAGAUGUCUGUUCCCCUUAAGGAACUAAUUGAACGCCAUGCUGGGGGAGUCACUGGUGGUUGGGACAACUUGCUGGGAGUCAUUCCAGGAGGCUCAUCCACCCCAGUCAUCCCUAAACAAGUUUGUGAGGAGGCUAUUAUGGACUUUGAUGGAUUGGUGGCCUGUCAGACUUCUCUGGGCACAGCAGCUGUCAUUGUUAUGAAUAAGCAGACAGACAUUGUGAAGGCCAUUGCUCGCCUUAUUGAGUUCUACAAGCAUGAGUCCUGUGGCCAGUGUACCCCUUGCAGAGAGGGUGUCAAUUGGAUGUACAAGAUCAUGACAAGAUUUGUGAAGGGAGAUGCUCAGCCAGAGGAGAUUGAUGCCCUAUGGGAAGUAUCCAAGCAGAUUGAAGGGCAUACCAUUUGUGCUCUGGGUGAUGGUGCUGCCUGGCCUGUGCAGGGACUUAUCCGCCAUUUCCGACCAGUCUUGGAGGAGCGUAUGGCAAAUUAUGCUGCUGCUAAUGCUGUGGCUAAUUAGCAACACAGAUCUAUGUAGGAAUAAUUUGUGAUGUACAUAGUGGUCACUGUAAUGUAUGGGUAGCCAAUAUAAAUGUUGCUGUACUCAAAUAUCAAUUGAAGACAAUUUCCUUUUGAUCUAAUUGUUAAAUGAUUAAUUGUAUAUUUUCUUUAUUUUUUUUAUAAUUGUUAUUAUUUUUAUUUUAUUUAUUUUGUUUAUUAUUAAUAAUAUUUUUAUUUAUUUAUUUAUUUUUUUAUUUUUUUUUUGGCAUGGAAAUUUUUUUGAGUCUGUACUUCUCCUCUGGCUGUAUAUAACACAUCCUCAUAGCUUGGUUACAAAUUAGGAUCUGGUCAUAUUUGGUCUUUGAUAAUUAUGACAAAAAGAUGUGUAAAAUUUUCCCUACACAUUGCAGAAUCUUUUUGAAGUGAGAUUUAUUUAUGAACAUCAUGAAUUGUCUAAAGUUUAAAUCAAGCAUAAUUAGAAUAUGAAUAAACUUCAGUUGUUGUACUUAA